AUGACUCUGUACACAGCAAUCGCUAGCACAACGGCAAUCACGACGGCAACCACAACGCGCAAACGUCCUGGAUCCGCGCGUUCCGUGAACCAACCACAUAGUUGGAAUGCAUAUUCAGAUACAACAUUUGCGUUCCAAAAUAACGGUCAGCCCGUUAAGCGUGUACAUGGGUAUUACCCAGUACGAAACAACGGCCAAACUUCAAAGGUUGUGCCUAACAGGCGGCCAUUCUCUGGACCGCCUAACGCUGGCAUGCGGCUUAUGCCGCCGACAACUGAUAGCCGCGUAUCUGACGACUGUUUGGUUUCUGGAUCGCCCGUUUUUUCUUACAAUGUACCACGCAUUAAGCGCGGACUUUUAUUGUAA